AUGCAGGACCUCCCGGUCGCGACGACGCUGGACGAUCUCCUCCUGCCGUCUGCGGGCGAGGAGUUUGGCGACAUUUUCGACGCGUGCGACUUGGUAGACGGCGGCGCGGUCGACUGGAUCCCGGAGCGCCUGGCGGGGCAGGACCACGGCACCUAUGAGGGUCUCCCAGAAGGCAACCACUCCGCGGGGUCUUCCGGUGCCUCCGGCGCGCCCGUUCGCACCGCGAGCGGCAGCGAGCCCCACGAGCCGGCGAAUCCGCCCGCAUCGACCGCGUUCGGCGCCCCGGCGGCGCCCCAGCCCAGCAGCAAGCCUACCAGGGCCACAGGGGCCGGCCGCUCGCCGACGCCGCAGCAGCUCAAGGCGCAGACGCGCAAGGAGAAGAACAAGCAGAGCGCCGUGCGGUCGCGGCAGCGCCGGCAGGCCCAGGAGCGCGCGCAGAACGACAAAAUCCGCCAGCUCGCCGAAGCAGCGCGGCAGCUGCAGGUGGCCGUGAUGGCCCUGUCGCACGAGAACGCGGCGCUCAAGCAGAUGCUCAGCGCCCACGGCGUCCAGCUCCCGGCGGCGCCCUACGCUCCGCAGAUGUCCCCGGUGUCCGCGCCUGCGUCUGCCGCACACAACUUCCACAACUUCAGCGCCCCCGCGGCGCAGUUCCCGCAGCCGUUCGCGGGUUCCAUGCCCAUGUGCGGCUCCCUGCCGAUGCCGGUGCUGCCCGCGACGGAUGCGGCGGGCACCCCGACGACGUCCGGGCCCUCGCGCCCCAUGCACGGGUCGUCGACAGCGUCCCCCACCGUGGGCUGCGACAGCGCCCCGGCCGCGCAGCAGCAGGCCGCCGGCAGCCCCGGCACGGCUGGCACGGUGGGCCGCGGGCAGCGGAACCUGCUCCGGACCGCGGCCGGCGUCGCGGCGACGUGCGUGGGCCUGGCGUGCAUGCUCGCGCAGGUGCCCGGGCCCGCGCUGUCGGGGCAAGCGGCGCACAGCACGCGCCGGCAGCUGCUGCAGCUCGCGCCGCCCGAGGCCGCGCGUGCGGCGCCGGAGCCCGCCGGGGUCCGACCUGACGUCAACUCCUCUGCGCUGGCAUUACGCACCCUGGGGGGACUCGCGGAGGAGCUGCUCGCGCUCCCGCCCGGCGCGCCGGACCUCCAGCGCAGCGAGUCGCUCAUCCUGCGGGAGCACCGCGCGGCCGCGGCGCGCAGCGAGGAGGGCGAGCGGCUCCGGGCGUACGACGGCGGGCGCAAGGCGGGGACGGCGCUCGCGCUGCACGACCCGUCGCAGGGCGUCGUCGCGCACCGGCUGGGCGACGACCGGCGCGUCGAGGGGCGCAAGUGGGUCAACCUCGCGCCGCUGCGGAGCGUGACGCUCCAGCAGCUGGCGGGCGACGCGCUCGACGGUGCUGGCCUGGUGCGGCCUGACUCGUGCCGGCCGGUGAUGUCGUUCGCGGCGGGCGACCGCGCGAAGGCCGCGGACGCGAGCGAGGCGCGUGUCGUGCGCGUGGCCGAGCACGACGACGCGGACAAGGACGCCGACGGCGACGCGUGGGAGCCGUUGCGCGACGAGGCGCCGGGGGCCGAGCCGGAGGUGCCGGGGGGGCCGACGGGCGCGGUGUCGAUCGUGUUCCCGCGGCCGGCGCGCGGGCAGGGCGACGAGAGCGACACGCUGCAGCAGGUGGAUCGCGUCUUCGUGGUCAUGGCGGAAAACGACCCGGUCUCGCGGUACACGACGUACGCCUGCGAGCUCGCGCAGCCGGUCUUCAUGUAG